AGUGCAAUCGAUAGUGGCAUCGACUGUUUGCCAGCUCCAUUACACCCCCACCCCCCAUUGAAUAACGUAAACACAACACAACGCAAUUAUAUCGUCGGAAUUUUACCUGGUUUUCACCUGGCCCGCCGCGUAUCUAAACCCACUUAAUUAGCGCCAAAUUACAGCGGAAAUAAUGCUUACAUUAAAUCGAAUCGAAUUCGCUGAGAUACUUUGGGAUUUCGGGUCGACAAGUGCAACUGCGUGUCAAGUGGAAAUCCGCUGAAGGGGGUGGCGACAGCGGCUGCAGAGACAAGAAUAAAAACAAAAACAAGUGACGAUUGAAAGGUGCGAGAAACUCACCUGCCCCCGUGAGCCCCAUUACUGAUGACGUGGAUGGCGAAGGACACAGGAUAUAUACAUUAUUUUUCGCAGCAACUGCACUACACUCGCGCGCAUACACACACACACACACAUGCAAGCACAUGCAGAAAACCAGUUGUUUGCCGUUUUGGUGUUGUUGUUGCAAAUAAGAAGUGCAAGUGAAGCGCAGCAGCAAAAAUCCUGCUCUUAAGUACAAACGAAAAAGGCGAAAAAAAAUAAGCAAAAAGGGCCGAAGGUGCGCGACAACGACAAAAAGUUGUUUGUCAACUUGUUGCCAAUGUUGCAGCCACAAAGUGGCUGUACAAACGGCAGCACCAACAGCCAAUCGCCAGUGGCCAUUGUGCAUCCGACAAAUCCAGGCAGCGGCAGCAGGAUAAUAACGAGCUCGGUAUCGGGCUAGGAACAGGUGGAAAAAGGCAAGAAGCUUUAAAACAAGCUAGUAACAGGUGGAAAAUUAAGGUAGGACUCCUAAGAGCUACUCGGAAAAUCUCGUUAAAGAGGCUAAAAACAGGACACAGAAAUUAGCAAGGCUUUCAAGCUGCAUAUUUGGGUACACAAAUAAUGCCGAUUUAGGAUAAAGAAAAGAGUCUAAAGAAAGAGAUAUCCGGCUUAAAAAAUAUCGCAGAAAGCAUUUACUGAAUAUCAUAGAUACACGAACAAUUAAAAGCAUUUGAAACUUGGCAGUCCACGAAUACAACUAUAUCCUUCAGGACACUAAAACCUACCGGCUAUAGUAUAUAACCGUCCCCCCACAAAAAAAAAAAAAAAAAAAACAUGUCGACGAUUACUAGAAGUGCCAGUGCUAGUCCCAUGGCCCUGAAUGGCAUUAUUGAUGCCAGCUUGUUCCCGCUAAAGUCCACCUCCGAUGUCGUCAAUCUCUUUCGUCGCGCUUUGACCUCCGGCAUCGAGCCCGAUCUUACCCUCCUCUCCAUUGUGGUUGGCUACAUAGAGCUAUCGCUGACGACGGGAGAGGCUGCUGCCCAGGCCGCUCAAGCAGCCGCCGCCGCUGCAGCUACAGCGGCAGCAGGUGACAUCAGUCAAAACGCGACAGGUGGAAAUGAUGUAAUCAUGGGCAACAGCGUUCCCUUCCCGGUGGUGACACACGAACUGAUCGCCGGGCUAUAUAAAAAGUUCCAAACGAUUCUGUCCGUGGUGGAAAAGCCAAAACCGCAUCGCCAGGCCACUCGGGAGGUGAUCAAAAAAGUGUCGGACGUGAUUUGGAACUCGCUGAUCCGGAGCAGCUACAAGGAUAGGGCCCACCUGCAAAACCUCUACAGUUACCUGUCCGGCAACAAGUUGGACUGCUUCGGCGUUGCUCUGGCUGUGGUGGCGGGCUGCCAGUUGCUUGGAUACAAGGAUGUGCGCCUGGCCAUUUCGGAGGAUCAUGCCUGGGUGGUGUUUGGCCAGAAGCGAGUGGAGACCAUCGAGGUGACGUGGCACGGCAAGGGCAGUGAGGAUAAGCGUGGCCAGGACAUACGGCCCGGUAUCGAAUCAGGAUCAUGGCUCUAUUUGGGCGGACUGGCGGUGAUCUGUGAACGAGGAAUGGAAGUGGCGGCCAUUUGUGCCGCUCUAAAUAUCUCGCUGACCUCGAACAGCGACUGCGUGGAGGUGGCCGACUUGCAGCAGCAGCUUUUGUGGCUGCUCUACGACCUGGGCCAUCUUAAGCGCUAUCCCAUGGCGCUGGGCACAUUGGGCGAGCUGGAGGAGAUCCAUCGCACCCAUCCGAGCAUCGGUUGCGAGCAGCUGUACCGCGAGGCAAUCGAUUCGGCGAGAACACACUAUCGCAAUCACCAUGUCUAUCCGUAUACGUACCAGGGAAACUACUACAAUCGAUUGCUCAAGUACCGAGAUGCCUUCGCUGCGUGGGCCAAUGCGGCGGAUGUGAUCCGCUUGUAUACGUAUCAGUGCCGGGAUGACGAGGAGAUUUACAAGGAGCUGCUGGACAUCGCCAACGAGCUGAUACCGUAUGUCAUGAAAACCGAGAGUUCGGGCCACUCGGCAAGGAGUAUCCUGCGAGAUGCCGAAGUUUUUGCCAAUCUUCUGCGAUUCUAUGACGGCAUAUGUCAGUGGGAAGAGGACAGCUUAACGCCCAUCCUGCAUAUCGGUUGGGCCAAGCCGCUGGUUAAUAAUAUCACCAAGUUUGACUAUGACAUCAGAUCCCAGGUGGUCAUCAAGUUGCCCGAGGAUCUCGAGGCGGAACAAGCCAAGGCUGAACAGGAGGCUAAGGAGUCAAGGGAAGCAGCAGCUGUGGCAUCUGGGGGAUCCUCGGAAGCGGCUGAGGGAAUUAACAACAACAAUACGGUGGUUAAAAAGGAAGAGAAAGCAAAGAACUCGGAGUUGCCCACAACUCUGGCCGAUCUAACAGCCGCUUGUGGCGAAAAGAUUCUUAAUCCCGACUUUCUACUUCAGGGCGGUGGUCAGCCCUUUGCCGAUCAGAAACAACACCAGCAACAAUCGUCUGGUGGAGGUGGAGGCGAUGCCGACACAACAGAGCCCCACAACAACAACAAUAACAAUAAUAGCAAAAGCAAUAACAACAACAAUCAUAAUAAUACAGAAAAAAAGGAGGCUACACUAAACACAACAAGCAACGGAAGUGGAAACUCUGUCCAAUUACCAGUUUCCAGCGACACUCGCACAGCCCAACAAGAAGCUAAGCCCGAGAACACCAGCGACGACUACGAUCCCUUCGAGAUAAUGCUUAAGAAACCCGUGAUCACACUGUACAGCCAGAAGAUGAAGGGCCUGAAGGAUCUGCUGCUGGCCGAGAAGCUUAAUACACACGCUAUUUCGCUUCAAGUCACCGCCCAGUCAGUGGCCUCGAGAAAAGUUCGCGGAGUGGAGAAGCACUCGGCCACGAUUUCGGCCACAAUUACAGCAAUUUCUUCGAGUGACAGUUUACUGAGUGGUGGUGUUGGUGCCGCCGCUGGAGGAGGUGGGGUGAGUGGAGCAAGCGCCACUGGCAGAUCAUCAUCCCCAGGAGGUGAUUCUAUAGCCGCCUCACGUCCCAAGCGAACGCGUCGUGAGUAAAUCUUGUUGUUGGGAAAAAUUCCCUAUUAAUCCAUGAUGUCUGUGUAAGUUAAAGGGGUGGCUCGAUUUCAUUUGAUGAAAAAACACACAGAAGCACAAACUAGUUUUUUGGCCAAGGAUUUUUUGAGGUUUUAAUAGUUUUUUUUAAUGUUGAAAACCAGAACUUGAAUUAAAAACGUAAAAGAUUUCCAGAUUAUUAAAAGCUCGAAGCCACCCCAAGAAAGGUAACCAAGUGUAUAUCUAUAUAUAUCGAUUUAUAUGUAUAGAUUUAUAUGCUAUCCAUAUUUUUGAUGUUCGGUGUGUAUUUAUGUAGUUCGUAAGUGCAAAAUGAACGUUAGAGAACGCCUAGCGUUUUAAAAAAGAAAACAAAAAUGUAAGUGUAACAUGCCCCGCAAACACACACGAAUUAAUAAGUUAUUCUAAGUAUUUAUAUAGCGUAUUUUUUAGCUGUUAUAGUUUUUCUCUUUUUUUAUUUAUUGCUACAACAACUAUGUAAGUCUCUUACCCUCCAAACUUUUUUUUAAUAAUCGUUUAAGCGAAACUUUAUUGGUGCUCCUUCUUCGAAAACAAAAAAACAGAUAGAAAUCCGGUUAACCGAAAUCGAAAAUAGUAACUAAACUUGGUAUAUUUAUGUAUUUACUUUAAAGCAUUUUAUUGAGGCUAAGCUGUUUAAUUUUACUCUACACCUAUGUAUAUCCUGUAAUAUUUAAGAAAAGGCAAAACUUUGUUACGACUUUUGACUUGAAGUUAAACAAAAACAACAACAACCCGAAUGGUAAACAAAUGAAAUACAUAUUUAACACUUCCUCUAUAUAUGUGAUACAACACUUUUUCUAGAAAAGCUUUCAUAUAAUAUCUUAAAAAACUAAAUAGAAUUAUCCACUCUCCACUCACACACAUUGUAAGCGACAAAAAGGGGCUACAGUGUCUGACCCAAGACCUUAUAAUAUCAAGAUGCAUAACGUUCAGUUUCAUUUGAAUGGCCAUAGGCAAACAAAAAUGGCGUGUCUCGUUACUCAUCUUGUUAUUAUAGGAUUUUUGAUCUAAUAACAGACCCUUGUUUAUCCCUAAACCAGUCCAAUAUAUGACUUACAUGACCUAUAACUUGUCACCCCAUUUAUGUAGCUACAGCAAUUAUAAACAAACUCGGAGCUUGUAACAAAUUGUUAAAUGAUGAUAAUAAUUGCAUUGAAUUUAAUUUGAUUUGUGCGUAGACAGAGAAAGAGAGAUGGAGAGAGAGCAACUGUGAUGAAUAAUAAUGUUUAGAAGAGAAGAGAGAAAUGAGGAGUGAAGGUGGUGAGCCCGAGACAACACACAAAUCUGAAAAACAAAUAUUACUAACCAAGUGUAUAUGGUGUUUUAUUCCUCAAAUAUAACAUUAGCAGACUUGAAAGAAAACAAAACAAAAAAUCAAAACCAACUAUUUAAUUAUGUAGAUUUGCAAGCAGCAGCAACUAAAUAUGUUAAACGUUGAACUACAGUUAUAUGUGUAAAAACAUAAAUGUAAACUUUAGAUACUUAAACAAACAACAACAAGAACAACAAUAACAAAGGAAGAUAUAUACAUAUAUAUAUAUAUUUUGGCAUACAAAAUUUUUAACAUUAAGCAAGAGUUGAAGAAGUAUUAAGAAAUAUUUUUUAUUUUCAUUACAUUUUUGGACAGCACUAAAUCCAAAAAAGAUAAAAAAAAACCGAAAGUUCGCUAUGCAAUAAAUCAAAAGGCAACGCAACAACAGCAACAAUAUGCAGAACCUAUAAACAUUUAACACAUAACAUAUAUAUAUAUUUAUUAAUGUUAAAAUAAACUACCAUUUUUGCUCUAAUUGUUUAAAAUAGCCAACCAGCAACAACAGUUAAAUAUUGAAAUGUAGCCUAAAAUCCAAAAUGCUCAAAAUAAUCCUUUUAGCUUCGAAAGUCAAAUAAUAGCCAACCGUAAAAAUGUUAAACAAAUCAUUAAAUGCUUAAAAACAACAACAAAAGUGUGAACUCUUUAUGAACCUGAGAAAUAUUUAACUAAUUUGG